AAUAAAUGAUUAUAAAGCCAGAUAUUAAGAAACUGUACCAAAACUUAAUUAAUAAAAGAAUGGUUUGUCCAAUCAUCAAAAUGCUCGAAUAAACACAAUCUUGCAGCUGGCUCUUUAUAGCAACUGCGUUCCAUGUAGUUGGUCAGCGUAUCCACGGAGAUUUGCCAUGAUUUCAGAUGGAUAAUGUAAGUCACCCGUUUCGCUGAUAGAAAUUAAGAAAAAUAAGAAACCCGUUGUAUGCAUUCAUUGACUUAUCCACCUGCAUUACUAGAGAAGACUUUGAAAGUAAACAGUUCUAGAGAAGCAAAUCAGAUUAAUGCAUGCGGAAUUUUUGAGAACUUCCUAAGCUGCAAAUUUGACCAAAAUUUACAUUAUAAAGAAAUAGUCUUCGCUAUGAAAUUUUAAUUCGAUAGAACAAUUUUUUUUCAAAGAAUAUGAUUCCUCUGCUUCAAUGAGUCAAAUGUACUUAAUUUUUUCCGGCAUCACCCUAAAAAGAUCCUUUAUUCUAAAUCGAGAAUAGAAUACUGGAUCAAAUAUUGCGUUGUCUUCAAAUGUUUCUUCUAUAGCUUCUUCUUCUCUGGCUACAUCCCUUGCAUAUAUCAUAUAUUAAUGUUUUAGCUAAAUGCGUCGGGUCAAAAAAGCUGCAAAGUACAGGUGACCGCUCUUUUACGGUUGUGCUUCAACUGGGUUCAUUCUCGGUCUCCCGCACCUUCUCCAAACAAUUUUCAAUAUAAACAGUUGUCCUUAAAAAAGUGCAGCUAUUGUAUUCGCGAGACCUUGUAAUCGACUACAUUGUAAGUGGAUUGUUUUAUGAAGACCAGAAAAUUGCUCUGGAAACUCUCGACAUAAAGACAGACGCCACCCCCCUGACAGGAAAAUUCAUCUAGGAAGUAUAUCUUUAAUUGGAAAGAGUCUUGAUCGACAGCGUUGAGUGAGUUGCCACUUGUUCAUCGCGAUGCUGCGAGUAACUUUGGUUUGCUUUUCAUGUUUGAGCAUUCUAUCCUUGAGUAAUUGUCAAAUAUCAAGGCUAUCAUGCCGGCGCAGUGGAGCAUUUGAAGUUAAUAAAUCGGACCAACGGCAAAGCAGAGGGGUCAUAAAGAAGAAGCUAGUACCAUCUCUCCUUUCUUGCCAUUCAGCGUGCACUGCAACAAGCAACUGCGACUCGCUGAACUUUCAAACAGUGAAAUCGCCUCAAGGUCUGCACGAAUGUGAGCUUCUCAAAGAAGGCAUCGAAGGAGAAGAAUGGGAAAAUUCGACAGGAUGGUAUCAUUAUGUGCCAAUACAAAAAGUUGCUAGCCGAUGCCAACUUGAUACCUGUCCAGUUGGUCAUACUUGCAUUGAAUCGUGCGAAAAACCAGAGGGAUAUGCCUGUAAACACGAUCCAUGCAUGAGUGAACCAUGCAAAAACAACGCAACAUGCAGUGCAUAUGGGGAAACUGUUGUAUGUCAAUGUAAACAGGGGUUCGAGGGAACAUUUUGUGAAUCAGCGCAAACCUGUUCAUUUGGAUGUACCACACCAGUUUGCAGUAACUUAGGAGAAGGAGUGGCUUUCACAACCCAAGGCAGAACUGGCCGGUCAGGAGUCGUCCAAACAUACACAGUGCCAAAAACAGCAACAUAUGAAAUCAAGGUGGCAGGGGCCAAAGGUGGAAGCCAUUUGACUAAUUAUGGCGAUUUCCCAGGCCUCUUUUGUGGUGGCAACGGAGCACUAAUGGUCGGGGAAUUCAAUCUCAAUGCUGGGCUGGUACUUCAAAUCGCCGUAGGCCACCGUGGAGGAUAUUCGGUAGAGGUGCAAGGCGGAACAGUGACAACCAAUACGGCAGCCUCGCUUGGAAAAUCAGUCGAAGACAAUGCAGGGACUGGCGGCGGAGGAGGAAGCUUUGUUUACACCUCAGCAAACGAAUUACUUAUCGCUGCUGGAGGUGGCGGAGGAGCUUCCAGUGGCUGGAAUGGAGUAGAUGGCAGCCGCUUUGAGAAUGGGACAGACACCGUGGGGAAGUCUGAAACGCAAAAAGGAAGAGGAGGUUCUAAUGGCCAGCAAGGAGCGUGCUGCAACACUGGAAGUUAUCCAGGAGGAGUGGGCGCUGGAUGGCUGAGUCAAGGAGUUGCCAGAACAAGCGAGUCGCACGGCGAUCGAGGCGGAUCAAGGUUGCAAACUUGGAUAGGUGGCCUGGCAGGCAAAAUGAAUUCUGGCAAUAACGGUGGUCCCGCUCCAGGGGCGGUAGGUGGAUUCGGGGGCGGAGGGGGAGGCAGUGAAGAUAAUGGUGCAUCAGGGGGUGGAGGAGGCUAUUCAGGGGGUGGGGCUGGCACACAUUCUAAUCAAGGUGGGGGAGGUGGUGGCUCCUAUUGCAGCAAAACCUUAGCGAUUGCAAACUCCUGUGUUGGUAUCACUGGAGGAAACAAGAACCAUUACGGAUAUGUCGUUAUAAAGGAAGUUCCAUAGCCAAAGUAGCUACACUGAGAGCCAAAACAAGAGUGCUCCGUCUACCUCUGCUGUUUUUUCAAUAGAAUGUUGAAGUAAAAGAAUGUUGCCAAAUGACUGUACGGCAAAGCCUUAUUAUCUUAAGUGGUGGGGAGAGUGCUGAGUAAACACCCCACUAUAAAAACUUAAAACCUCGUAACACUAUCUGAAAAAUGGUACAGCCAUAUCAGCACUGGGCACUCCACUUAUAAUGUAAUUAAAUGUAGGGUCGUGUAUUCUUUAAAGCUGUGACAUUUCUUGUGGCAUAAGGUGCUAGCUGUGAAACUAACUAUGAUUGAAUCGGAUAUUGUUUAAAUCGGAUUCAAAAAUCACAUUGAAUGGAAGCAACUGUACCGCUCUUAGACCAGGAUGUUGGGUCACGUUGAUUAAAGGCAAAAUAACUUUAUAUCUUGAUAAUGACGUUACAAUUGUUUUUGUGAUGUUUUUGUGAUGUUAUCGCGAUGUUUGUGAUGGUAAGUAAGAUGCAUGUAAAUUAUAGCUGCUCCACUUGUUAAAGUCUUGUUGCUAUCACUAAAGACAUUUCUUGUGGCAUAAGGUGCUAGCUGUUUUCUUUUAGUUUUGUAUUAAAGUAAUAUUAGAGUAAUUUAAGAGUAGGGGCAGUGGCGCAA